ACUCAAAAGUGACAUGGGGAGCGGAGGCAGAGAGUUCGAAUGGAAGCGGCGACUGCAGCGUGACGAAGGGGACAAGAACUUGCAACACGAGCGCUCCCUGGCGGAGACCAACGCAUACAUGCUGAAGAACCAGCUGGCGUCUGAUGUCACUCUGGUGGUCGGCGCAACCGCGCGAGAGUUGCCGGCGCACAAGUACAUGCUCGCGAGUAGGAGUCAGGUGUUCUACGCGAUGUUUUUCGGAGAACUUCCUGAAGCUGGGCCGGAAGUGAUCAUCCCUGACAUAGAUUAUGACGUCAUGAUGGCGUACUUGAGGUUUUUGUACACGGAUAGCGUCGAAAUUACGCCAGAUCUAGUGAUGGGACUAAUGUACUGUGGCAAAAAGUACGACUCGGAAAACUUGGUUGACCUCUGUCUUACCUACCUUCAAGAAGAAAUAAACCCGUCCAACGUAUGUACAAUAAUGGAACAGGCCCAUUUGUUUGACGAAACGCAACUUUGGGAAAAUUGCUUGGCGUCCGUCUUUUCCAACGCAACGGACGUAUUGACAAACGAAUCACGUGAUUUCGUACACCUUUGUCGAGAAUGCUUGACGAAAGUCGUCAAAGACGAUAGGCUCGUCGUUGAAGAAGAGUAUGUUUACAUCGCCUGCAAGCAGUGGGCCAUUCAGCAAUGUAGAAGCGUUUCUAUGGAUGAGAGUGAUGACAAAAAUAUCCGGACCGUGUUGGGCGACAUAUUGUACUAUAUCCGGUUCCCGCUGAUGGAAAAGGACUCGUUUAACAAAUUGGUGUCCGUAAACGACAUCCUUACAACGACGGAGAUGCAGGACGUUUACCAGACAUACUCUCGUUCCUCAAAGGAUGGCGACCACAGACAAUCGACGAAACCUGUUUUCUUAACAACAAAGCGCAUCCUGUCUCAAGAAUUUAGGGCGGUAAGAUUUCGUGAUAUCAAAGGCGGCAUAUUUGACUUCUGGGAGAACGAGAAUCACAUGGAAUCCAUUUCCUUCAAAUGCUCGCGUGCAGUCCAGUUGCGAGGAGUGACAAUAUUCGCACCUUUUCCCGACGGACUUAUUCGUGGCUCUGUUAAUAUUUUCGACGCAACGAACACAGCCUUAGCAAAGUGCGACAACGUCGAGGUGACGUCACAACCCGAAAAGAAAACGCAUGACCUGAGAUUUAAAAGCCCGGUGACGAUUCGCGAAGGGUGUUGGUACACCGUAACGCAGAAGAUGAUAGGGUCAAAGUCUUAUUUUGGGACUGAUGGGUUAACGAUUGUACCUGGCAAAGGUGUGACUUUUCAGUUCCGGAAGUCGCCAAUGUUUGAGAACAACACUGACGCUGAUUCCGGUCACAUACAUGGACUGAUUUAUACUUAAAGCCCUACACAUGUGAUUAUAGUGUCCUGACAGCAUACCGGUACAUAUGAAAAAGAUCUUCUACUUUCUUCAUCUUAAUUUACCUUUUACAUUUCCACUUAUUUAUUAACUGUAUUAUUGUUUUAUGUUUUUGAUAUGGAUUUAUGAAUGUAUGUGUCGUCUUAAUUCGACUCUCUGUCAUGUUACACUAUCACAAUAUGGUCUAUGAUAGCAAAUGAUUGAUUAUAGGCGGGUAAAUUGUCAAAAGUUAAAAAAAGGAAUACUUACUCAAAAGUCUGAAUAGUAAAGUAAUUAUAAUGGUAUAUGACGCUUGUGUUCAUAACAAAAUAUUGAUUAUCUAUCUAAAUUUAAAGGUCAUACAAAAUAAAAAGUCACAAAUCGGA